AUCUUUGGGUUGGCGCACAACAAGAAAGAAUUCCCCGGAGACAGACCAACCCCAAAACCAAGCAAGGAACAAAAGAAAAGCACACAGGCAAACAGAGAGAUAGCCGUCAUGGCCAUGGCUUUCUCUCUCAGGGUCAGAAAUACACCCACUUCGAAACCUCCUUCUUCUUCUUCUUCUUCUUCUUCUUCUUCUUCUACUACUACUAGCAUUCCUCGCACAGCCGUCAUUCUCCCCGGUUUGGGGAACAACUCGGCUGACUAUGCAUCUCUGCAAUUGACGCUGCAGGGAGAGUAUGGAGUGCCCACGGUGGUGGCCAAGGUGAGCAGAGUUGAUUGGCUCAGAAAUGCCGCUGGUCUUUUGGACCCUAGUUACUGGAGUGGCACUCUCAAGCCUCGCCCUGUUCUUGAUUGGUAUUUGAAGAGGGUGGAUGAUGCUGUCCAAGAGGCUAAGGCCAUUGCUCAAGGCGACGAGACUCUGUCGUUGAUCGGUCACUCAGCAGGCGGGUGGCUUGCUCGUGUCUACAUGGAAGAGUUUGGGGUGUCUGAUAUCUCCCUCUUGUUAACUCUUGGUACUCCACACUUGCCUCCUCCAAAGGGCAUUCCUGGGGUGAUUGAUCAAACAAGGGGUCUUCUUUACUACGUCGAAGAGCAUUGCCGCAAAGCUGUCUUCACUCCACAGCUUAAAUACGUAUGUGUAGCUGGGAGGUAUAUUAAAGGCACAAAACUAGUUGGGAACACAGAGGAGCAGCAAGUUGGUCCAGUUGUCCCUGUGACUGAUGAGGUCCUUGCAGCGGACGUUGUCAACUCCACCACGAAUCCAACAUUCCGAGCACGAUUCGUAGGACAGGGCUAUAAACAGGUGUGUGGGAGAGCAGACGUGUGGGGAGAUGGAGUGGUGCCUGAGGAAUCAGCCCAUUUGGAGGGUGCGCUCAACAUUACCUUGGACGGAGUUUACCACUCGCCAAUUGGCUCAUCCGACGACUCCCAGCGCCCUUGGUAUGGCUCUCCUGGCAUCAUCGAACAGUGGGUUCACCAUCUCCUCCACUAAACAGGAGGUUGAAUUAGAAUCUUCUGUCCAAAUGGUCAGCUAUCGAAAAUUGUACCAAUAAAAAUUGUUCUGCCCAGUCUUCCUUGCAGUUCAGGGAGGUUAGGGUUAGGGUUCCAAGUUGUACCAUUGCUAAUAGUGAAGUACUAAUACAACCUUUUUCUUCCGGUCUUUCGUGGCGGCCAAUGGCGCCUAAACCACAGUUCUGAAUGUUGUUAGUUCCCAUUAGAGAGCUGAGAUGAACACAUCAUGGUACAACAUUUCACUAACCACAUUUCUCAUUGCCAUACUUCUGAGCUUGGAGAUCAUCUGCCAUGAUUUUGCUCAAGAUGACAAUGAAAACGGGGAAAAGAAACAACUAAUCUAUAUUCUGCAAACAUCAUGGCAUCAAAAGGGUGAGCUAUUGAAGAGGAUAGGACUAUGGGAUAUGAAAGGAGCUGUUGUUUAACCAUUGUUGAAGAGGCAAAUGCUUUCUUCCCCUAGCUACUUUAUACAUAGUCAAGAUCAGGACUAGUUCACUUGCAACAAAAAGGUGUCCACAGUUUGGGGACUCAAACAAAACCACAAAUAUCGACAAGAAAAACAACAUUCCAGGGAGGAUUCACGAUGAGAAUUUUACUAAGAGCUUGCUUCAAAAGAGAUCCCCAACUGCCACAAAACACCAUUGUUUCUUUCUCCAGCUAACCAGACUUGUUGAAAUGAGGCGACAGCAACUUUGCAAUCUCCAGCAUCCCAACUUUCUCCUUCUGGGCAAAUAUUGUCUUAAGCUUGUCAUCGCAGAUAAUCUCUUUCUUGUUUGCAGGGUUCUGCAACUGAUGUUCCUUGAUGUGUGCCCAGAUCUUUUUAACAGCCUCGGUGCGAGAAGCCUCGGGAACCCCAAGGAAGCUGCACAGCUCCGGGGAGACUGCAACUUGCUUCAGUAUGCCGCUAGCUUUCUUGGGCGCGUCCGGCUUGGGCUUCGGUGCUGCCUUUGCUUUCUUGGCUGGCUUUGCCGGGAUUGAAGCAGCGGCGGCGGACUUGGAGGGGGCCAGGAGAGGCCGGCAGGUUUUGAAAACCCUAGCUGCUGCUGCGAAAGACAUGACUGUCAGCUUCGGGGGUUGAGAGCGGGAAACGAGAGUGUGGCGGCCGAGGGAGACAAAAGAGGACUCCUCUGCUCUUUCUCAGCGGCGUGGACUGAAAAGGGAAAAGGGACUUGAGGGGCGAAGUGGAAAGUAAUACAAUGGGAAAAGCAGUGAGAGAAAACUUC